GUUUCAUAUCACACACAGUGAAAUAUUAAUUUGUUAUCAUUUGAAAAUGUUAUUUUGCAUAUACCCAAAUGUAACAUAUACAUUGUUACAGCAGAAAUUUACGGGAAUUACGAUAAAAUUGUAAAUGUCUUUAAUAAUAUGCAAUUUUAAUUUUGUCUACAUGUUUUGAAAAAUGUAUAAAAUAUGUGUAUGUACCAACUAGAAUACCAUUAUAUGUAUAUACACAUGGAUUGUCGCGUAACGAAUAUGUCCGUAAUAGUAUUUACAUAAUAUUCCAAAAUUGUAUAAGAUCAAACUUUUCGAUGAAACUAUUGAUAAAUUUCAGAAAACGCAAAGGUUAAAUUAAUUGUUACGCGACAAUAACUGCAUCUUACAGGUAUGCGUAUACAUAUGGUAUCUAUAGUAAUAAGAUUUGUAUGCAUGUAUAUACAUACACAAAUAUUACAUAUUUAGCUAUACUCAAAAAUGUAUCUCUAUAUAAAAAGAAAAUACAUAUAUAAUUGAUAAACAUAUAUUGCAAAAAGGAAAGCAAAAGGCUGUAUGUUAUAUGUGAUUUCAUAUCAUAAGCACUUGUAAGCAAUGGUGUAUUUAAUGACAUAUUGUACAUACAAAAUAAGACACGGCACGUACGUGCAACAGAAAAAAAAAGAAGGAUAAUUAUAACGAAUGUCUCUACUUUGCACGUACAUAUGUACAUAUAAGUUGUGCCAUUGUGCGAUUGCGAUUGCGAUUGCGAUUGCGAGAUACGAUACAUGGGAUGUGGUGAGACCCGAAAGAAUUCAAGUUAGAAUUUAGAACGUUAGAAAUAGCAAACAGCAGGAAAUGUCUCCUGUGUGCUACUGUCUUCCUGUCUGUAAAUUCCACACAACGAAUACAAUGUGUAUGUAGCUUGAAAGUGGUUUCGAAUUUUCAUCGCACGUCGAACGUAAUUGUAACCCUUUUAAACAACAUUCAACAUAACCAAAAACACAAUGAAAAGGUUUCAUAGAGACUGAGUAAGAAAAGGUGGAGAUAUUUGUGCAUUAAGUGACAUGAAUUGAGUGAAAUGUAUAUUUUAAUGUAUAUUUGGAACAGUCGUAAGGAAUGGCCGAAAAGGAGGCAAAGAUUGAAUAUGUGACAGAACCUUGUCCAAUAAAACCUCGUAAAAUAGGACCACAAAACAUUGUUGUUCGUUUGAAACGUCGCGAAACAUUUGGUUGUCCUUACCCAGGAACACAUGUACACAAUGCCAGACAAUUUUAUCAAAACGUAUUUCCAAAUUUUACUAUUAUGAAUGUAGAAAAACCACCUUGUUUUCUUAGAAAAUUUAGCCCCGAUGGACGUUAUUUAAUAGCUUUUAGUGCUGAUCAAACUUCUAUAGAAGUUUAUGAAUAUCGUGGUGCAUCCGCAGCUGCUGAUUUGUUAGCAAAUUGCGAAGGUGAAUACAUCGGUCAUAAGAACGAUGAGUACAGUUUUCAAAUUAGAAGCAAUAUUUUUAAUCGAUUCUUCAAGACAAAAUGGAUCGUAAACGUAGUUCAAAGUAACGAACAAUUAAACAGAGAAUGCAGUUUAUUUACGGACGAUGGUCGAUAUGUAAUUGUGGGUUCCGCUGCUCACAUCCCGGAUGAAUUAAGGCCCCAUUUUUACCAGAUUUACUCCAACAAUGAAGCGCUAACUCCAAAUCCUAGAUCGCCGCUCGAAGAUUAUAGUUUACAUCUUGUUGAUUUACGCGGGGGAAAGUUAUGUGAUACUAGACAUUUUAAAGUAGACAAAAUAUACUUAUCACACAAUCAAGGUCUUUAUUUGUAUAAAGAUAUAUUAGCAGUUUUAUCGGUACAACAUCAAACUAUUCACAUAUUUCAAAUUCUCGAUGGAAUGUUCAUAAAUGUCAGGACAAUAGGAAGAUUCUGUUUAGAAGAUGAUGCAUAUUUGGUUACAAGUGCUUGUCCAGGAGUAAAUUGCCGUCCAUUUAGAGACAUUACAAUAAACAGUCUCAAACACAAGUUAUUGGUUUAUCUAUACAAAAGAGCGGCAUACAUUAGCGACACAACAAAAGAUCCUUACGAAUUGAGACGUUUUUAUCAAUAUUUCGAUCAGUUGAACGCGUUACGCAUGUGGAAGAUGCAAUUAUUAGAUACGAAUCAUAUCCUUGUAAGAUUUGCAAGCGAAGAGGUAGCAACGCUUCAAGCAAACGAACCGAACGCACAACCUGCUCUUUUGGUAGUUUACGACAUGGUAACAGCUAAGAUAUUGGCUGCAUAUGAUAACGCGUCUACACAGUUGUUGACGCAAUUUGAGAAUUUUAGCGAUUUCUUCAGAAAUGCUAGAAUGAGUACAGACUGUCAAUACAUGUGUUCACCAUCUAAUAAUAUAUACGCAAGAUUAUUACAGCAAAGAUUCAAACAAACGAUAGUGAGUGCUAGAUAUGGCGGUGUUACGGAAGCUACAAAAAGACUACUUGCUCAAUUACCGAUAUGCGCACAGUCUUACUCUAGUUCUCCGUACCUAGAUUUAUCAUUAUUUUGUUACGACGAUAAAUGGGUAUCGAUGAUGGAGCGACCUAAAGCUUGCGGAGAACAUCCUAUACGAUUUUACGCUCGCGAUUCUGGUCUUUUGAAGUUUCGAAUGUACGCGGGAAUGUUGGGCCGUACAACACCAACAGCUGCAAGGCGAUUAGUUGCAUUUACGUUUCAUCCAACGGACCCGUUUGCUAUUUCCGUUCAGCGAACAAACGCUGAAUACAUCGUCAGUUUUCAUGUCAGACAUGUUUAACGUCGUAUCGAAGCUUGUAAAAUUCGAUGAUAAUCUAUACAUACAAGUAUAGUAUCAUUCGCUUCGAUUAUACCCUGUUUUUCUAUUCCAAUGAAUUCAAACGAUCUCGUACCACAGUAUCGAUCAAAUUUCCUUGAAAAAGAAACUGUUGUAUAUUUCGUAUAAAUUAAUGUAAAUAUUCCAGAAAUAUUUUUAUUGUCGUCAACUUUACAAAAACUAUUAUAAUUGAUCGAAUUUACGAUGCCCGUUAUCACUCUUCAAAUUGUCAACAUUAAAUAUUAAAAAUCGUUACGUACAUUAAUUAGAUUAAGAAAUUAUUCGUCUCGUGAAACAAUUUAAUAGGUUAAUAGCUGAAUUCACCUCAACAUUUGAUUACGUUUAGUCCAUUACACGUUAGAUAGUAACGAUCGAAAAGAGAGCUGUCCUGCUAUACUGUGAUGUUCUACGGUUACUACGGUAUUAUCGAUAGUUGAUCCGUUCACAUUACACAACUAAUGUUAAUGUUCAUCAGAUCUUAUCUUCGAAAUAUAUAAAUUUGUAUAUACAUAUAUUACAUAUUUAGAUAGCGGUUGUUUAUACCAAUGCGUAUUUUUAGAGAAAGAUAGAGAUAAUGAAAAUGGUACUUUGAACAGUACCACGUGUAUUAUCAUGUAUUUUGUUGAUACAUGUGUACAUAUUUUGUAUAUACCUAAAACGUAACCUAUAAUUUGUAUACAUUUGCAUAUUUAGAUAUAUAAAAAAAAAACUUAAAAAUAGGCACAAUUCAAUAAAAUUUUUAAAAUUUAUCCAACAAUUGAAUAAUUUCAGUUUUAGGGUGAGAGGAAUGAAAGAGCUUUGUAAAUUUAUAUCUAAAGUUUGAUAACUAAAGUAAUGAACUAAGUAAUAAAUACAUGUAUGCUACUUGUUCGGAAAAUAAGGAGUUAUGUCAAGAAGUCGCAAGAAACAGUAUCGGAAUUGAAUGAAUGAAUAAAACAGUAUGAAAUUUUGCAACAUC